CACAACAAACGAACGAAGCGCGCAAGUUCUCUGCCGGAGAGCUCAGUUAAUUAAGUGUGAGCCGUGCGCGCCAGAGUGUGUGUGUGCGAGUGCGUGUGCAUGUGCAGGAGUGAGAGCCGAGAUAAUUAGCUGAGCGGCAACGGCCAACUCCCAAAUCGAGAACAAAACAAGCGAAAAACAACGCAAAAUGCAUUAGCAAGCGACAAUUGCGCGGAAUGCAGGCUUUAGUGCAAUAAUUAUUUGUGGCGAUUUAAUUUGUGGCAAUACCCGGUGUUCGUCGAAAUCUGUAGCGAAAUCAGAGACGAAAUGCUUGUGUUGGCGGCAUUGUGAAAACGAAAUCGAAAUUUCAACUACGUGUUGCUCUUUUUGGUGUUGCUUAAUUCAAUGUGUUGUUGUUUUAAUUUUCGCAAACGAAAGUCUACCGCUUUGCAUGUGUGAGUGAUCGUGUCGCUUGUGUUGGUGGUAAAAGUCAGCGCAGAAACAACAACAAAUUUAAAAGCCUUCAAGAUGAGUGUGUGGAGCGAUUGCAAUGCCAAGCAGGCGGAAUUCGGCAUUGCCAAGUGCAAUUUCGACCAGGAGACAAAGCCACAUCGCCUCAACCUGGAUGUGGGCGAUGCGGUCAUAAUACUCAAGGAGACCACCCACUGGUACUACGGCUAUAGGCAAAAAGCCAAGGAAACACGCGGCAUAUUUCCCAAGAGCUACAUACAUUUGUGCGAAUACAAUAUCGUGAAUGGGGAGUUCUGCAUCCAGCGUACGGAUAUUGUAGAGGAGAUCACCAAAGUUCUUCUGGAGUGGGGCUCCAUUGCCAAGAAUUAUUUUCUGACCACAAAUCCAAGCUUUAAAGAGAUUCGCGCAAAAAUGAACGAGCUCAAUAAUAACCGGGCAGCCUUGAUCUCCGGCAAUCUUCCGUUGGACGAGGUGCGCAAGGUGAAGCUGCUGGCCACCAACCAAAUCGAUACUGGGAACAAGCUCCUCGGCUUGGACAUGGUCGUGCGGGAUGAAAGUGGCGACAUACUGGACACCAAUGCCAUUUGCACCACCGAACUCUAUGAGCAGCAUGUGCACGCUAUUCAACGCAUCGACAAGGCCAAUCGGUUGUCCAGCGAGCGGGGAACAACGCGAACUCUCAACAAGUACUCGCAUAAUAUUCUGCUGCACGUGAACGCCUUCGUGUGCAAAUUCCAGGAGGAUUCGGACCUGCUCUUCACGCUUUUCGACGGCGAGACGCACAAACCCAUCAGCGAGAACUACGUGGUCAAGUGGUCGCGGACUGGCAUCGCCCGCGAUAUCGAUCAGAUAGACAACAACCGCGUUCUGUUCACGGAUCUCAGCAAGAGCGACCUGGCCAUCGCGAAAAUGUACCUCGUUUGCUAUGCCAUCCGCAUCGGUUCCAUGGAGUUCAAAGAGUCUGCGGACUCAAAGCGGACCAGCAUGAGCAUCGCCAACAGCAUGCUAAAUGCUUCGAGUCGUAAGGCUUCGCAGCUAUCCGUGAGUUCGAAUGGAUCGUCCAGUAGCAAUGGGGAGUACAUUAUACGGCGACCGUUUGGAGUGGCCUGCAAGGACCUGACGCCCAUCAUCAACAAGUCGGAGGACUUUCGCGGCAACAUAGACCUGCCAUUCAUCAUGUGCGAGAAGGACACGCUGGACGGAACGCUGCGCAAGCUGAUCGCCAACAAGGACAUCGGCAAGAUCGACUCGAAGAUGGCGGUAACCAUCGAGGUCCUACGUGGUGACAUCAAGCAGAUUAAGGAAGACUUUCCCCGGCUGGUGCACACUAAUGUGCCAGUGGCCCGAAAGAUGGGUUUCCCCGAGGUCAUACUGCCCGGUGAUGUGCGCAAUGAUCUGUACCUCACGAUCUGCAGUGGCGAGUUUGCCCGCAUUGCCAAAACCUCGGAGAAAAACGUGGAGGUGUCGGUGUGUGUGGCCAACGAGCAGGGUUACCUAAUGCCCGGCGUACUAAGCAUCGGAGCUGGACAUCAGCCCAUCGAUGAGUACAAGUCGGUGGUGUACUACCACGACGACAAGCCCAAGUGGCAGGAGACGUUCAAGAUUCACGUGCCCAUCGAGGACUUUAAGCAAUGUCACCUGCGCUUCGUGCUCAAGCACCGCAGUAGCAACGAGCAGAAGGAUCGCACGGAGAAGCCCUUUGGCCUGGCUUAUGUGCGUCUGAUGCAGGCCAAUGGCACGACCAUACCGCAGGGCCAGCAUGUCUUGGCCGUUUACAAGAUCGAUCACAAGAAGUAUGACAAAACGGUGGCCAAUUGUUAUAUGGAGCUGCCGGCCACAGUGGCUGAGCUGCAGGGUGCCAGGCCCUCGAUCGGCGGACUUACCCUCCUGCCCAAGGAUCAGCUCUCCAUCGGUGUCAACCUGUGCAGCACCAAGCUCACGCAGAGCGUGAGCUUGCUGGGUCUUCUUAAUUGGUCCGCCCACAAGGAGACGCUGGAACAGUCGCUGAAUGCCUUGUCCACGGUGCCCGGUGAGGAGGUGGUGAAAUUCCUGCAGGACAUCCUCGAUGCCCUGUUCAAUAUACUGGUGGAGAACGAUCAGCCCGAGAAAUACGAUCAGCUCGUCUUCAUGAGCAUUAUACAUUUGAUCGAAACAGUGUCGGAUCUGAAGUAUCAACACUUCCUCUCUGUUCUUGAUGUUUACAUCAAUGAGAGCUUCUCCUUUACACUUGCCUACACCAAACUGAUGGAUGUGCUGCAGAAGAACAUAAGCGAGGCCAUCACCCCGAAAGAAAAGUCAGCCGAUGGCAAUGAUUUGGAGGAGAGCGCGGAGGUGCGGCGUCUGUACAAGACCACUCGUUACCUUCACUACGUAAUGAAGUUCGUGAUUCGAUCCCGUGUUCUCUACGCCGAGAUGAACUGCGACACGGACUAUGUGGAUUUUGCAACCCGGUUGCAGGAACUUCUUCGCAUGUUCAUCGAUAUGAUCGGUUGUCCGAGCAAUCUGCUCAAGUCAGAGGGAGCGCUGCUCAAGAAUCUGCACAUUAUAGCCACGGAUCUGAUGCAGGUGUUCGAUCAAGUGCGAUUGAGUAUUUCAAUUGUUGAGAUCCUUGAGAAGUUCCCACCGCGCCGUCUCACUCAGUCAAAAAUGGGCUGCAUCAAGGACUUUGUGGAGACCAAGCUCUUUACCCUGCCCAAGUGCCGGGCCAUUUUGUUGCCCGUGUUUUGCAAGCACAUCAAGGAUCAUCUCGAGAGCAAGGAGGAGGGAGACUCGAAAACCGAUAUCUGGCAGCAAGAAAAGAAUCUUUCGAAAGCCGCCAAAGUGCUCGGACAGAAAAAAUCCCAACUGCAUACAUGUGAUACGACAGCCAAUAAAAAGAUUGCCGAGUGCAUCAACAUCAUGAACAACAUACUGAAACUGCUUUUCCGUUCGGAUGUUGGCGCCACGCACAACGACAUCCGAGACAUUAUGAUCAUCCUGUUUCGCACCGUGAUGAAGGCAGCCCACGCCCUGGAUAGGGACACGGGUUUGGUGGGCAAGUUCUUUGCCAUCAUGCUGGGAAUCCUGCAGCGCAUGGAUGCCCUGCACUAUGAGUACUUUGUGAAGGAUUUGCAUCAGCGCGGCGAGCUAAAGCACUUUGUCAUCGAGAUCCUGCUGGUGUUUGAGGAGCUGGUGUCUCCGCACCAGAAGGCGGUGUUUCCGCGUGAUUGGAUGGACAUGAUUAUGCAUCAGAACACUGUGAUUCUGGGAGCUCUCAAGCACCUGACCGUGGUGAUCACGGACUACUUCCUGGUGCCAUUCGAGAAGCAGAUCUGGUCGAACUUCUUCCAGUGCUCCAUCGCGUUUCUCGUGCAAUCGCCGCUCCAGCUAAACGAUUUCAACGACAACAAGCGGCAGAUUGUGUUCGCGCGUUACCGCGACAUCCGCAAGGACACGGCCAUGGAGAUCAGAAAGAUGUGGUUCCAGCUGGGCCAGCACAAGCCGAAGUUUGUGCCGCAGCUGGUCGAGCCCAUUCUGGAGAUGAGCAUGAUACCGGAGAAGGAGCUGCGCCAGGAGACCAUUCCCAUCUUCUUCGACAUGAUGCAGUGCGAGUACUACAGCUCUCGGCUGGAGCAGGAAAGCUAUGGCGACACCAAGUACAACAACACCCACCACAAGGGCAACUUCUCCGACUUCAAGACGGCGAUGAUCGAGAAGCUGGACAUCCUGAUUGGCGCAGGCAAGGGCGAUGCGGAGUACAAGCAUCUGUUCGAGACAAUCAUGCUGGAGCGUUGCGCCGUCCACAACACCCUCAAUGUGGACGGCACGGCCUUUGUGGAGAUGGUCACCCGGCUGAUGGACAAGUUGCUGGAGUAUCGCUGCAUUAUCCAGGACGAGAGCAAGGAGAACCGCAUGGCGUGCACCUUCUCGCUGCUGCAGUUCUACUCGGAAGUGGACCUCAAGGAGAUGUACAUCCGCUAUGUCUACAAGCUGUGCGCCCUGCACAUGGAGUUCGAGAACUACACGGAGGCGGCCUUCACCCUUAAGCUGCACACCGAGUUGCUGCGCUGGACGGACACGGAGCUGUCGCCGCAGCUGCGCAGCUACCGGCACAGCAGCUGUCGCACCCACCGUCAACUGAAGGAGGCCCUCUACUUCGAGAUCAUGGAGUACUUCGACAAGGGCAAGCAAUGGGAGUGCGCCAUCGACAUGUGCAGGGUGCUGGCCCGCCAGUACGAGGAGGAGAUCUUCGACUACCUCAAGCUCGCCGAGCUGCUGAAGCGGAUGGCUUUGUUCUACGAGAAGAUCAUCAAGGAGUUGAGGCACAACUCCGAGUACUUCCGGGUGUGCUUCUACGGGCGGGGAUUCCCGCGGCUCCUGCAGAACCGCGUCUACAUCUUCCGUGGCAAGGAGUACGAGCGACACAGUGACUUCUGCGCCCGGAUGCUGGUGCAGCAUCCGCAGGCCGAGCUCAUGCAAACGCUGGAGGCGCCCGGCGAGGACAUCACCAACAGCGACGGGCAGUACAUUCAGGUCAACAAGGUGGAGCCCAUAAUGGGGCCGGCGUUCAACAAGUUCAACGAAAAGAUAAUCAACAACGAGAUUGUCAAGUAUUUCACCGCCAACAACGUGCAGAAGUUCCAGUUCUCGCGUCCCUUCCGGGACAGCAUGGGCGGUGGCGACAGGGACGAUGUGCGGAACCUGUGGCUGGAGCGCACUGAGCUGCUCAUCCGAUUUCCCCUGCCGGGAAUCUUGCGCUGGUUCCCCGUCAUCGAGACCAGCACCUUUAAGAUUUCUCCCCUGGAGCGGGCGGUGGAGAUCAUGAAGGACACGAACAGCAACAUUCGCCAGCUGGUAAUUCUGCACAGGAGCGACGAGACGCUGCACAUCAAUCCGCUGAGCAUGAAACUCAAUGGCAUUGUCGAUCCAGCGGUGAUGGGUGGCUUCGCCAAGUACGAGGAGGCCUUCCUCACCGAUGACUAUCUGGAGCAGAAUCCCGACGACAAGGAAUUGGUGGAGGAUCUCAAGGAACUGAUUGCCAAUCAGAUUCCAUUGCUGGAGAUCGCCAUUCAGCUUCAUCGCAUGCGGGCGCCGGAAAGCCUAAAGGCGCUGCAGGAGCACCUGGAAGGAUGCUUUGCCGACAUGCAGCAACACGUGGAGUUGCGCUAUGGUCGCAAGUCCUGUGACCUCAAAAUCGAACGCGAUUCGGUGGUGAUGCGACGCCCCAACUCCUUCCUGCCCCCGCUCUUCGAUGGCAGCAACAAUCGUCACUCCGAGACCAGCAUGGGUUCCUCAGACAGUGGCCUGUCGAAGUCAACAUUUCUGCCGCGGCCACAGACCAAUUCCAUUAAGAACACUCUGGCCAGCUUAAGUUUCAACACGAGACCCAGUUUGGGACACUCGCCGAGCAUCAAGAGCAACAAGAACAAGGACAAGACUCCUGGCAAGCGGCGAUCAAAGGAUUGUAAGGUAAAGGAGCGUGAGGUUCAUAGCCUGUCCAGCAGUCAGUGGUAUACACCGCCCUUGUCCACCAUAACGUCGACGCCCGAGAAGGAGAUCAACACAUCCAUAGCUUCGCUAGCCAGUACCUCUAAUAGUUCUCUGAGUGGUCCCAAGACGCCAGAUCCUCAUAUCCUCACAGAGGAGCUCACACCCAAGCGUCCUUUGCGUUCGGAAAUGGAGAAGGAACGUCGACUCUCUCGACCGGCCAGCAUUGCCACGCCCACGGCCAGUAUCAAGAACUUUCCGGACACACGUUCGCUGUCCGAGAGCAGCAAUCGCAAUUCUGUUGAAACCACCGAUUCGACAUCAGAGGAGGACAUUCGACCACCGCCGUUGCCCGCCAAGGCACGCGACUCCACCGAUUUCACCAGCCUGUCGCAGAACAUGGAUUGGACGCCGAAUGGUUUCACACUGCUCAGCACACAAAUUAGCAACACGAGCAGCAGCAGCAUGAGCACCACCUCGACCCUGACGAAGACCAGUAUUAGCAACACCACGUACGAGUAUUUGGAGACCACGAACUUCAGUUUGGUGGGUGCCGUCGAUGGAAGCAAGCCGCGUCCGCCGACGCCGCCACCGAAGCCAUCGCGCCACAGCAAACACAUUCCAUAGGAUAGCAAGGGGACGGGUUUCACCCUCUACCCCCAAAAAAGCUUCCAGUGCAGCGCCAUAUAUGUUCAACCGUUGUCGAGUGCCAAAUAUUUCUGUUACUACAUGUAUAGCCGGCAAACGAGCCUGUAGCAGUCACAGCCACAGCCACAAACACAAACACAGCAACGACCUUUGCCUCAACCUAACGACCGCCUACCAAAUCAAGUGUCUUAACAAACGAUCGCAUUAGUUUUUAGCAUUCAGAUUUCCGAUAACUAUGUCUAAGUGUUUGGUUACGUUUAAAUGAUAUUAUGUUGAACAUGUCAUUUUUGUUUAGUUUAGUUUUCGUCGUGUAAUUCGUUUCGAAACAUACCCAACUGCUUGUCUUCCACAAGUACUGUUCAAUGUUGUACACAUGUGUGUUGUACUUUUAGAUAUAUCUACGAUUAGAUGUAAGCUUAAAUCAGCAAUUCGAGGAACUUUGUACGUCUCUUAUGCAAACAAGUGCCACAAUCUAUAUGCAAUAGCAAUUAGCAUACACGAAACCUAUGACCAUAUCUUCGAUUUUACGAACAAACAAAAUGGUUUUAGCACAAAUUUACUAACAAGUCAAUUACGAAAUACGAAUGUGAAACGAAAUUUUGUAUGCUACAAUUUUUAAAACAUUUUUUGAAGAACGCAUAACUAUUUACACUGUUUUUUAUACGAUUCAGUAUAGCCAUAAUGUAGAGCAACUAAAUGUUGAGAUUUAUUCGUUAAGCUUAUAUAAAUACUAUAUAUGAACAACUUAUUGCACUGAAACCAUACGGCGUAAUAAUUUUAACGAACUUGAGUAUAAAUACUUAAUUUAAGCAAAAAUCAUUGUUUAAUUUUGUUUUUAAUGGAUUCUGUGUAAUUUUCGAUCUGUGUGUCGGCCAAAGAUUAAGCAAUAAUAAAAUAUAAUUAAGCAAGUAA